ACCUUCGUCUCUCAUCAUCUGGCCAUCUUCUAAUAUCCAGAACACCCCAUUCCCCAGAGAGCAGAGAUGAGACUCGAGACCGAGUUCUUCUGGGUAAGGUCUUGACUAGGGAUGGCAAAAAUAUUCGUAACCAUGGAUAUCCGCCCGAAUCCGAAAGAAUUUUAGUGGGUACGGGUAAAACCCGAACCCGAAUAUUGCGGGUAAUGGGUGUGUAUGGUUUUCUCACUAUCCAACCCGAACCCGCCCGAUUAUACACAUUCAUAUAUAUUUUUUCUAGAAAUAAUCAAUGUUUUUCUCUAAAAUAUUUUAUAUCUAGCAUAUAAAUAUAAUAUUUUCAUGAAAUUGUGUUGGUUUAAUUAAUUUUCUUCAUUCUAGUGAAUCAUUGUCGUACUUUUCGUCUUACGUACACAUGAGAAUACGUGUGAAUAUUAACAUAUUGGUUAGAGUUAUAAAGAAAAACUAUUACCCAUGGAUAACCGUGGAUACCCGAAACCCGAACGGGUAUGAGCAUGGUUUGGAUUUUCUACCCGUUUCUUAUGUGGGUAUGGGUAUGGGCAAAACCAGAACUAUUUUGGGUAGGGUAACGGAUAUUCACUAUCCGUCCCCGACCCGACCAAUUGCCAUCCCUAGUCUUGACUUCUUGUGUUCUUUUCCUGGGUUCAUGGUGUCAAUAUGGACAUGCAUGCAUGGAUGCAGUACUAACUAGUUUUGUUUGUUGUUCAUUCCUUUUUUUACUUUUGUAGACUCGGUUUAAUUCGAUCUUGGAGGAUUGAAGAUCAAGGGAGCAAUCGACUGACGACUGUCACUGUGUGCUCGACAUUCUUUAGAAGACUCGUUAAGUUGUUCAGAAGGUAAUCUCGUUGGGGUCUUGAUGUUGUUUUUUUGGUUUAGUGGUGUCCGAAGAGACAUGUAUGGAUGGAGAUUUCUAACUAGAUUUUGUGUUUGUUUUUUGUUCUUGUCCAUUUUUUUUUUUUUUGUGUGUGUUUAUAGAGACCUUUGCAAUAGAUCCUCAAGGACUGCAAACAAUCUACAAACAAUCUCAAGGUAAUCCACUUCUCCUUUCAUAACCUUGGUGUCUUGCUUGCGUAGUUGUGUGACUUCUUGAGUUGCUGUGUUUAAGAUACACUUUGGGCUACGUUUCUCACCACUUGAAAAACUAACCGGGCCAGAGUGAGGCGGUUCCUUGGUUUCCAUAAAGCCCACUUCGGAAGAAAGCACCGAGACCAAUUCUAUUGAGAUCCAUCCUUAUCACCCAAACCCUCUCACUAUAUAAUCGAAACAAAGAGCCAAGCUCGCACUUCUAAGCUGCAGAUUAGGGUUUUCUUGUUUCUCCCCAGCUUUCCAGCUAAAACACAGAGCGGCGCUGCAGUUUUCUCCGGCGAGAAAAGCAAUCAUGGGCCACCAGAACGUCUGGAAUUCUCACCCCAAGACCUACGGUCCUGGAUCCAGGGCUUGGUGAGUCUUUUCUUCUCUCUCUCAUGAGUUCCUUCUUGUGUCAGGCUUUUCUCUGAUUUCCGUUCAUCUAUGACCGAAUGGUUUAUGGAUCCGUAUCUGCUUCGUUUAUAGCCGUUGCGGCUUUUCGAAUGGGGUUUUGUCGCUGGUCAUUAGGGUUCCCGUCGAUGUUGCCUUGUUUUGAUUCUUUAGUAAAUCGAACUCAAAUUUGCUUUGUAGAACUUGUGUCUUUGUUUAAUUUCCUGAUAUGGGUCUGAUUCUUAAUGUUCGUGGAAAUGUAUGCUGUAACCUGCUAUCUCCGGUCCCAGAGAACCUGCGUUUUAGGGAUGUUAGCCUUACCUCAUUCCAUUUUGUAUGAUGACUUUGCGUCUUGACCCUUUUUGGUAUAUGGCUUGGUCUAUGUUGUAAUCAGUUUUUUCACUCCUGUUGAAUUUCUGUUCUGUAUUGGGGGCACUAUUGGUGCUUCUUCUACCAUUUACAUUAUAGAAAGUCUAGAUUGACAAUUUAGUGAAUUUGCUUUGAAUAACGUUUAGUGAAUUUCCUUUCUGGAUUGGGUUUAGCUUGAUGAAACCAUUUCUAACUCUGUUACCAUGUUGUGGCCUUGUGGCAGCCGUGUGUGUGGCAACCCUCAUGCAAUCAUCAGGAAGUACGGGCUCAUGUGCUGCAGGCAGUGCUUCCGCAGCAACGCUAAGGAGAUUGGUUUCAUUAAGGUAAAAAACAGAAGCCUUCAAAAAAUUUGAUGGAUUAUUUGCUGUUUUCUCAGUUCAUGUUUUUCCUUUCUUAGUCAUUAGUGAAGAGUACUUUAUUGUUUCUUGCCCGUUGUUUCAUCAUCCUACUGAACCCUAGCGGUCUAAUGUUUCCUCCUUUCUUACCAGUAUCGCUAAAUGGAAUUGGAGCAUUUUUGUUGCUGGAUGGGUUUCUUGACAGAGCUUGCUGGCAAUGGAGAUGCUGACUCUUGAUAGUAAUCUACUUUCAGUUUUAUGUGGUGUAAUCCAGAGGACAUGAAAGAUUUUGAUAAUUUUGAUUUGUUAUGAUAUUGUUGGAAUUAGAUUGCUACUUGUCAUGAGUGAUAUUUAAGUGAAGCAUCGUUGUUGGAUAUGUUUUGGUGCCGUCUCUUCGUGGCUUUGAAAUCGUUAGUGUCAUGUGGAUGUGGUAGAGAUGUUGUGUGCUUUGAAAGUAGAUCAUGUAUCGAGUUGGGUGCUCAUUUUUUAAACCCAAGUGGGCUUUCAGGUAGUGCAAUCCAAUAGACCUGCAGUUGGCCAGAAUCAGUUGUUCCAAAAACAAAAACAGUGCAUAAGCUUCCAGUGAAGCAAACCUGUACACUAGACUCCCACCAGAAACCAGUCCACUCUCAAACAUGCAACUUCGUAAACUCCAAUGGCAAAAACUUAAAGGACCAGCUUUAUCAAUCCUUGAACGUUAUACUCCACACACUGAACAUAUUCAAACCCGAUGGCCUAUCAGCCAUGCUUGGUCGUUGAAACCUGGUGGCCUAUCAAUGACAUGUUUUUGGCAUUUGACACAUAUGUGUCCAUUGAGUAUUGAUGACAUUUGCAGAAACAUAUGAUGAAUUGUUAUCUCUUUACCUCCCUCCCCUGCCUCUCAUUUUACCUAGGGUUCAUCUCUUGAGAUGUCAGAUCACGCACGGGGUGUUAAAUGCUGCUGCCAUGGGGAACCCUCAACACAGGUCGUGUCUCAGCAACAAGAGAUUACUCAUUACUUUCGCUACAGUCGGCACUCUCUGCUGCUAACAGUAGUCAGUAAGAAAGCAGAGGUGGAGGAGAGGAGAAGAAAGUGGGAGAGAUGGGGUGGCUCGAAAAUCUACCGCCAAUUGCCAUCAUUCUUGGGGUUUGCUGUCGAGUUCUUGCAUUAAACACAACCCUCCAUGCUUGCCUCCACUCCAACCAUUUACUACCUAGCAUCCACCCACACAUGGCUUUCCUUUUCCUUUCACUUAUUCAUUAAAUAUAUUACCAUCAUCAUCAUCAUCAUCAUUCACUCAUCCCAGCUGAGCAGCUCCAUUUCAGAGCUCAUGGGCAUCAUUUAGUCUCCUUGCUGCCCAAGCUCUACUUCUCUUCUUCAGUUCUUCUUACUCCAUCAAUCUGUUUCUGUAUCUAUAUAUGGAUUUCCCGGUCUGACUUUUGGCAUUCCUUAUUCCUUACUGUCCAUACCACUAGUUUGGUUAGGCUGACGACACUGCUUGCCGGCGCUUGAAAAAAGAAAAAAGAGAGAGCUUCCCAAUCCCUCCUUUGUUUACAUUUUGUUCUGUGGCGAUGAAGAGGAAUACUGGGAACUGGGUAGUGUACUUAUUGUUGGUGGUUGGGAUGGCUUUAAUGCUACUACAACUUAACUCAUCUGCAUGCAUCACCGCAGCUAGCUUACCUAUUCCUGAAGCAGCCUUGGGCGUGCACACUGACACGACGGUGGUGGGAGCAGAAGGAGAAGCAGCAAUUAGCAGCAGGAAGCUUCAGGAGCAUUGGAAAUCCGAGCAGCAGCAGGAGGCAGAAGAAGAAGAAGAAGAAGCAGGGGAUGUUGGGCUGCAGGAUUACAGGCCGAUAGAUCCAGUGCCAAGCUCAAAGGCGGCAGUGAAACCAGGCCCAAUCGAACAUGGGACUCCACUCAACCCAUUCAUCCCCAGAAGCCCGCCUCCUGCCCCUCCUCCUUAUUCUUACUGAUUUAAGUGAUUAGCUCCCUCUACAACUUUUGAUUGCUGCUUAAUUAUGUUCGUAUUAUUGUGAUAAUUAUUAGAUACUAGCUUAUUACCCGGCCCGUUGGCCGGAUUACUGUAUGUUACCCACUUGUGGAAUGGGAGAGAAAGCAAGUGAGAGUGAAGGGAUUGUGAUUCCACUUGAUUAGGACCGACCCACUAAUCUGAUUCUUCCCGACCCGCCCCAACCUAAAGGGUCAGAAAGAGUCAAUAAGAAAAUACGAACAGAGAGAAUUAGUAAUAUAUCUUGACUCUUCAGAAGUGGGUCAAACAGGAUCAAUGUUGGGUGAGGGCAAUUUUUAGCGCUAAGCAGAGUUCUGGGUUGAAUAACUUUACUUAGUCCUA